AUGACGAGGACACUUUUGCUGCGUCUCACUUCUCAACCUCCCACUCACUCUCGGCGGCUUCUGGCCCAAGUCGUCGGCCCGAAAAACCUCCAGGCACUCUGGCAGGUUGGCACGUUGGCAGGCUGGGACGCUGGCAUGCUGGCACCCAGAGACUCAGGUACUCAGGCACUCAGGCAGCAACAAGCCACCCAACCACAAUUCCAGCCCCCAGCCCCACGUUUCCAGCCACCGACGUCUUUGUAUUCUCUUCUGCGUAAACACAACACCAACGACAGUGGCCCGGCAACACCAGCCCCAUGCUUGCGAAACACGGUGGCUGUUCUCCUCUUUUCCCAUCCUCCUGCUUCACAUGAAAAAUGGCUCAAAAGGCCACCGCAUUUCGUCUUCGAUGGCAUGACAGUCACCCAAUCGUCGGCAACCACAGCUCUCCCCACCAGAUUGAUGGCUUCGCCUGCCCCUUCGUCCCCCGAUAUCCCACUCUCCAUAUCGUCAGAGACACCUCUACCCACUGUUUCAACAUUCGGCCAUCAGGUCGACCAAUGCAUAACCGAUAUCGGCAGAUACCUCACAUGUUGCGAGGAUAUUAGGAGAAAAUGGAAUUCGGGCAGAGACCAUCACAGAACGUCAGUACUCGAUGAGCUCGAAAUUACACUUCGAGCCGGUUCUGGUUUCAUCUCAGGGGAAGCGGGUAGAUUUCCCAGGCUCUAUCGCUCUGAUCCCGACGGUAUUGACGAUGUCGGAGGAACCGAAUUCGCUAGAUACAUUACACAGAUCGAGGACGCCAACCUUCAACUGCAAGCUAUAGCCGAGCCAUCAUCGCGACAUCAUCACCAUUACCACCACUGUCAUCUCUCACGUUUUCUCGCUCAUGGCUGGGACCAUGAUGCCCAUCACAGCCAUGAGCAUACGCAUUUCCACGAGUUGAGUAUGCAAUGGGAGAGAAUUCGGGAUGGGAUACCAUGGACCUUUGCGGAAAUGGACGCCCGACUUGCGUUGAUGGAGAGAAUACGGAUCAAAAGAAAAGAGGAUGAGGAUAAGCUCAAGAAAGCCAAGAUGGAGUUCGAUGUGAAGAAAAAGAAGGACUUGGGAAAACUCGAAGAUAUGGAGAAGGAUAAUAACAAAGACUUGGAGAAGCUCGAGGAGCACAAUGAGAAACGAUUGUAUGAGAAGGAAAGGAUUGAUCAUAGGCGCGACUUGGUUGUUGAGCGAAUGUUGGAGUCAAAAUUGGACGAGGAUCCGAUUCAAAAGAUGCAUGACCUAGCGCAUGUGAUUAGUCACCUCUCUCGAGCAAUUACUCCCAGGACAAGCCAUGAGAGGAUACCUUUGCGUAUAAACCUUAAUUCCAAUGCCAUCGCAUCGGGAUAUAGAAUGGGAGCGGGGGGCCGAGGUGGCAGUACGAGGCUGCUUGAGGUGCCCGUUUUCGAUCAUCAUCACGAGUUUCCCGUUCGGCGGACACACUCCUGUCCUGACUUGCCCGGCUCAGACUCCACCGAAGCCUCUUCGGUACAUCACACUCCUGUCUUCAUCGAAAACCACAUCAAUAACAACAGCGUUGGAGAUGACGAAAGCAUCGAUGAUGAGGUGGACACGAUCAUAGAUGAACGAGGUAUCGUGCGUCGGCGAUAUCACCAGGAUGAUUGGCAUCGACACGGACAUCGACAUCGACAUUUGUUGCAUGCGCCGGGCCAUCAUCCGGAACGUGUCCUUACAAUCACUGUUCCAGAAAGUGAAGUGGGGGACUUGGAGGAGUUUGUGGAAAGGAGGAGGACGAACAGGUCUGGGAGUUGGUGGUGA